AGAGUGACAACUAAAGAAUCAGACAAAGUCUAAACGAGCAAGCAGCCAAAAUACUCGGUCUUAAAUCCGAUGACCAUGACAAAGUUCAGUUUCAGGCAUACAGAGGAGACGCUAUCCAGUCUAGAAUUUAAAAGACAUGCCAAAUCCAACAAUCUGAUGCAUGUAGAGAAAACAAAGGGCCAAGUGAUCUCCAGAAAAUGACAUAAAAAUUCUUGUUCUUUUUCCCUCCCAUUCUUUAGUUCAUGCUUUUUUGAUACGGCCGGAGCAAAAAAAUAUGUAUAGAUCAGCAAGCUGGAGCCGAGUUCCGGAUGACUAUUAUUCUUCCCCCAAGGCCGGGACAGGUAUGACCAGAAUGUCAUCAUCUCUGGAAGACAAUAAUGAACUGCCCAUGUAUGAUCCAGCAAUGGAGAUAGCUAAGAAAGACAAGUCACGGGCUAAGUUUGCUGAGAAUGCUGUGCAUCUAAUUCCUUUGGUGCUGCUUGUUUGUGCCUUGAUUCUCUGGUUCUUUUCCAAUCCAGAUGUGGUAGUGGGAACCAAAACGGAAACAGCUGCAGGAAGGAUUGAAGGAUUGACAAUCGAUGGAGACAUUGAUACUGACAGCGAUGGUACUCAAACAGGGUUUUUGCCAAUGGCGGAUUUGAGGGACACUGACAGACGUAAAAAGCCUAAGCCUCAAAAACCUUCAAGGAAACUGAUGACUUACGAUCCCAAUUACCAAAUGGUUGAUUCCCUUCUUAUUUUCUUUUGAGAGAUCAAUGAAAUGAAGACAAA